CACUGGUCGUUGAUGACGGUGGCAGACAGCGCAGGUCACUAGCUGUGUGGUAUUACUGGGAGGAAGAGUGCCAGCCAACAUAAUACAAUAUCAUCCCGUGACCUGCUCUCAAAAGACGGAAAAUGAUGAGAUAAAGCAAUGAAGAGAAGGCUGUAUGAAAAACCUGUGAAGUAUUACGCUAAUUGACGCUGGUCCAGGAGCGUCUCUAACAUUGUUUUGGAGGCCUGUUGCUAGCUAGCUACAGGAAAUCCUCGGGCUAGCCCCGGUAGACACCGGGCCGAGAGAACGCAGAGGACCCUGCCGGGGGCUGCGUGGACGAUUUUGAACGAUCAGGAUUUAUGGACGCUAGCUGCUCUGCCUUAAAGUCAGACGAAGAGGUAACCUCUCUUGUUCGUCCGUGGCGGAUAUAAAUCGUCGUUACUCAAGAGGCGUUCAGUUUGACGCUCAGCUAAUGCCUAACAUUUGCUCUGAAGGUUUGCUAACUAAGGUUAUCACAUAUUCAGGCUUAUCUACUGCAGCCCAAAGUUUGUUACCUUGUUUGAACAGAAAGAAUAACUCCUACAGAGUUAAUUACCAGAGCACCUUUAUCCAUUAGAAAGACAGUAUCACGAAUGAAGGCUCACAGAGAAGUGUGUGUUAUGCUGUCUGGAUAUACAGGUGUCACCUGUUCUGCUUGGCAUUAUUAAUCUCACACCAGAGGUCCAAUAUCUGCUGCUCUAGAGGCAACUGAUCUGCUGUUUUGCUCUCUUGAGCUGAUUUGCUCAAGAAGGAUCCACAUCAUAACAGACCAUAAUGAAUCGUUACCUGCCAGUGGCACGGCAGCACUUCCUGACUGCCCUCGCCAGCACCAGUGUGGUGGUAAAAAGUAUAAGUGCUGUGGUGGUUCUCCUCUAUCUGUUGUCGUGGGCUGUCAGCACUCCAUAUGCACUGGGGGUGACCCCAGGCUACCUCUUUCCACCCAACUUUUGGGUGUGGACACUGGUGACCCAUGGGGUAGUGGAGCAGCACGUUUGGGGUGUGGCGGCCAAUGUAGGGACAGUUAUGGCAUGUGGGCGCCUGCUGGAACCUCUGUGGGGCGCUCUGGAGCUCCUGAUCUUUUUCGCAGUGGUCAAUGUCUCUGCUGGCCUCCUGGCAGGCCUCUCCUACCUCCUCACCUAUGUUGCCACCUUUGACCUGGACUUCUUGUUUGCUGUGCGCAUCCAUGGAGCAGCUGGGUUUCUGGGCGGUGUCCUAGUAGCGCUGAAGCAGACCAUGGGAGACACUACAGUGCUCAGAGUGCCGCAGGUGAGACUCAAAGCAGCACCAGCUUUGGUCCUCCUCCUCUUGGCUUUACUGCGCCUGUCUGGGCUCCUUGACAGCUCUGCACCUCUGGCUGCUUAUAGCUAUGGAGCCCUGUCUGGCUGGGUCUACCUGCGAUUUUACCAGAGGCACAGCCGGGGCCGUGGGGACAUGUCGGACCACUUUGCCUUUGCUAGUUUCUUCCCUGAGGCACUGCAGCCAGCCGUGGGGCUACUGGCGGGGCUGGUCCACUCUGUCCUGGUGAAGAUGAAGGUAUGCAGGAAGAUGGUGAAGAGAUAUGAUGUGGGGGCGCCUUCCUCCAUCACCAUCAGCCUGCCAGGGACAGACCCACAAGAUGCAGAGAGAAGGAGACAAUUGGCCCUUAAGGCUCUGAACGAGCGUCUAAAGCGUGUGGAGGACCAGACUGCUUGGCCCAGCAUGGAUGAUGAGGAAGAUGAUGAAGACGACGAGGUCAGGACAGACACACAGCCGCUCCUCCCGGGUGGACGUGACCCCGCUUCCUCCAUGCAGAGACCAUCAGGUGGACCCAUGGGUACAUCCCUCUCCUCCACCUCUUCAUCCUCAUUGUCACAGAGCGCUGGAGCGCCAUCUACAGGUGGUGCUCAACACCCAGAGUCCAGCAUUAUUAGCUUUGACGAUGCACCUUCUCGAUCGUAACAAAUAGGACACACGUGUACAGAUAUGCACGCUCUGUUCGGUGUCACUGGCAAGUAUACUAGUGUAUUCAGUGUUACUGACUAGUAUACAAAUACAUCCAGUGACCAUGACUAGGCACACACUCUAUAUCACACAUGACAACACACUCAACAUGUUUGACUAGUUCAUACACACAACCGUGCGCUCACAAACACUCUGUCAAUGUCAUCGUGAAGCCCAAAGGGGUGUUAACUGUAUAGUGCUUUCAGUUCAGACGUUGGUUGUAAAUGCUCAGUGUAGUUGGGCAGUCUGGACUCGUAAUACUUCUCCUCCUUUCUGCAUACGACUGAAAGUCAACCAGAAAUUCUGUCUUGUCUGGACUUUAUCCCUGAGCUCUGUCCAAUACUUCAUGUGUCUCUUUAUCUUGCUUUCUAAAUAAAUAACAAAAUGGGUGUACAAUA